GGAUAAUUGAAUUGUUUGCAAGAAGAUUAUACAAUUGUUCUGCCAGAAUGGGCGCAGGAAAAAGUCAGUUUACGGAAGAGGAGUUGCAGGAUUAUCAAGAUUUGACGUACUUUACAAAGAAGGAAGUCUUAUACGCACAUCAAAAAUUCAAGGCACUUGCACCAGAGAAGGUUGGACAUAACAAAAAUGCAAAGCUACCUAUGUCUAAAAUUCUACAGUAUCCUGAAUUGAGAGUAAAUCCUUUUGGUGACCGGAUCUGUAAGGUCUUCAGUUCUAGUCAGGAUGGUGAUUGCACCUUCGAGGAUUUUCUUGAUAUGAUGUCUGUAUUCAGUGAUGCUGCACCAAAAGCUGUAAAGGCUGAACAUGCAUUUAGAAUAUUUGAUUUUGAUGGUGACGAUAUGCUUGGUGUGGGAGAUUUACGACAAGUGGUCGACAGAUUGACUGCACCUCAGAGAUUGAAUGAUAAUGAUAUGCAACAGCUUCUUCAAUAUAUUCUCGAUGAAGCCGAUUUAGAUGACGAUGGUGCACUCAGUUUCGCUGAAUUUGAACAUAUUAUAGAAAAGAGCAGCGAUUUUUCUAAUAACGUUAAAAUUUUUUCACAGGAGUUUUUGCAUUCGUUUAUAAAAGUACUAUCAACGACAAAUUCACUAAUGAAAGACUGAACAAUAAUCGAUAUUUAAUUAUGCUAAUGGACACGGGCCUAACACAUAUUUAAAAAAAAAAAAGACCAUUGUCUGUAAAAUAUCAAGGCUCUACAGUUUUGCCUAAGUCAAUUUUACAAUCUCAUAAUCUUAUUAUCGAAUUUAUUUGUGAUUUAUAUAAUAGAAGAAGCAAACGUAAUUAUAAUAUAUACUUAUGA